AUGGACUGGCACUCCUGGCUCGCCAAGUCCAGCCUUGAGCCAUCGCUGGCUUACGAGUAUGGCCUCCUGUUCAUGGACAACGAGCUGGAGGAGGAGGAUAUAGCCUACUUCGGCCAUGACUUCCUCCGGAGCAUGGGCAUAUCCGUGGCGAAGCACAGGUUGGAGAUCCUGAAACUAGCCAAGAACGACGGCAGGGCGACGCCGGUCCCUGUCGCCAAGCUCGCUGCCGUAAUCAGCAAGUCCAAGAACUGCCUCACGAGGUAUGUCCGCGCGAUGGGCUGCACUAACGGUCCCGCGAUCUUGGUCGUGGCCAACGCCACGUACGGCGACCGCUGGAGCGGGGCCGCGAUGAGGAGGAAGGCGAAGCUGGCGCUACUGAAGCAGGGCAGGCUGAUGAUCGCCGACCGCGGCAUGAGCGUCGCCGCCGAUCUGCCGUCUCGAUCCCACAGCGCUAGCCCGAUGGUUCGCGGCUGUCAUGGCAACAGCAACGCCGCUGCUGAUGACGGCUACCGGGGGCCUGCAGUCGGAGCCAUGAGGUGGGACUCCAUGUUCGACAACUUGAAGCCCACAUGA